CCCCCAGCAGCCGGCACCGGGUGCUCCUGACCUUCCUGUUCAUGGACACGGAGUGCACCUACGACUACCUCUUUGUCUACGACGGCGACUCCCCGCGCUGCCCCCUGCUGGCCAGCCUGAGCGGCAGCACCCUGCCCCCCCCCCUCGAGGCCACCUCCGGCAAGGUGACCCCCCACCCAGGGCUGGCGGGAUGCUGCUGCACCUGUUCAGUGACGCCAACUACAACCUGCUGGGCUUCAACGCCAGCUACCGGGUCUCGCUCUGCCCCCGCGGCUGCUCCGGCCACGGUGCCUGCGAGCCCCACGGCCAGUGCCAGUGUCAGCCUGGCUGGGGGGGGGCCCGACUGCGCCGUGCCCCACUGCGACAGCUACUGCCUGGGCCACGGGGCCUGUGACCAGGAGUCCGACCGGUGCCGGUGUCAGCCAGGCUUUGUGGGCGAGGCUUGUGACCUGGCGCUGGGCGAGAACCAGGGUGCCGGGCGCUGGUACAACGUGAGCUCCGGGGACCCCCACUUCCGACCCCGCACGGCUGCUGCUGGCGCCGUCCUGCCCCCCACCGGGGCGUUCUACAUCUUCGGGGGGCUGGACCUGAACACGGCGCUGGGCGACCUCGUCAUCUACAACUUCACCUCCAACCUGUGGCAGCGCCGGGUGCUGAGCCCCUCCCCG